ACAGGUGAAACUCGACUGUGACGUUUGUUUAGUUUGUGCCAACCACGAAAUUAAAAGCGAGGGAAAACAACACAUCGAACUUCUCCAUUAACGACUUCUUUUGUUCCACCUCAUCUCACGAACGCAUCUCGAAUUGAACAGAAUCCCACGCACACCACGGGGUGUGUUUUCACCAGAUUCACCUGAGAUGUAAAUGCUCCUUGCAGCUCAGGUCACCUGCAUGCGGGCAGAAACACGCACCGCAUCACACAGCACUUUUUAUGUUAAUGACGCGUCCGAGAACGUCCCACCCACCUCCCCACUUGACUUUAGCGCAACACUAUUAACCGAGUCAGUAUCGGCAGUAAUCCUCCGGAGCUCACAUUCUUUAGUGAGAUUCUUCAGAGUUCCUCACGGAUAAUGAUCUGGAGACUGGUGGUCCUCGGUGGGCUGUGCGUUCUUGGGAGCCAGGGCCAAGCGCGCACACGUCCAAGGAGGGAAACCAGCAGCAGCAGCAGCAGCAGUUCAGCAGGUGCCUCCAGACCUUUCACCUCCUGCCGGACUCCCCUCACCCCCGCCGAGCACAAGAUUCUGGAUGAUAACACGCACGAGACCGGGUUUAACGGUGAUGACGGAUCAUAUGUCAUUCUUACAUGGGUUGGAGAUGGCACAGGAGUCGUCCUGGUCCUCUCAACAUUCAGUGCCCCUAUAGACACCUUCAUAGAGGGAGGCUCCUCAAGACUUUAUCGAAGUACCGAUUAUGGAAAAUCCUUCCACGACAUCUCCGACCGCAUCAACAACACCUUCAUCAUGGAAGAGUUCGGCGUCAGCGUUGGACCGGGAAGCUCUGUGAUUCUGACAGCAGACAUUCCGGUGGUGGACCACCGAGGCGGGAUCAUCUUCACCUCAAGGGAUGCUGGCGCCACCUUCAAGUUCAUCCAACUGCCCUUCCACCUGGCUCAGCCAAUCACGUACCACUUCCUAAAGCCGUACUACCUCGUGGCCCUCAGCAUCGACGGCGGACUGUGGCUCUCUCUGGACUUUGGCGCCAAGUGGACAAAAGUUCACGAUGGAGUGCAUUCUUUCUCAUGGGGGGCCGGCGUUAAUUUGUUCUUCAGCUUCAGUCGAACAGAAGCAGUUGACGCGGAGGAGCGAGGGGAUUUGGUCCUGAAGAGGACGACGGAUCUGGGGAAAACCUUCGCCACCAUCCACGAGGACAUCUUCAGCUUCGGCUACAUCGGAGCGUUUCUCUUCUUCUCUGUGAUGGAAGAUCCCAGAUCCCCACGGGUCAUGUACUUCUCUUCAGACCAGGGCGACACCUUCAGCCGGGCGCUGCUGCCUUCGGCCUCAACAGAGCAGUUUUACUCCAUCCUGGACGGCGAUGAAGAAAUGCUCUUCAUGCAUGUGGACAACCCCGGAGACACCUUCUUUGGGACCAUGUACACGUCAGACGACCGGGGCAUCUUGUUCUCCAAAUCCCUGGAGCGCCAUCUAUUUGACGGGCAGAGGAAAAGCGACUUCACCAACAUCACUUCCCUGAGAGGAGUCUACCUCACAAACAAACUGGACGAGGAUGGCCGUAUCAGAUCCGUCAUUUCCUUCAACCGAGGACGAACAUGGAGGCAACUUAAAAAACCCGACAAUGUGGAAUGUGCACAGCAAGUGAAGAAUUGUAACCUUCAUAUUCAUGGAGAGCACAGUCGCAACAACCGCAUUGUUCCCAUGUUAGCGCUGUCUGAGCCCACUGCUAUCGGUCUGGUGAUCGCACAUGGUACUGUCGGUGACUCUCUGUCAUCUUCGCAGCACCCAGACGUCUUUGUCUCCUCAGACGGGGGUUAUAACUGGAGGGGGACGCUGAGGGGGACCCACCACUACAGCAUACUGGACUCUGGGGGUCUCAUUGUGGCUGUGGAGGCCCAGCAUGAAGGACAAGUCAAGACAAUCAAGUUCUCCACAGACGAGGGCCAGUGCUGGAAGUCGUACAACUUCACCGAGCAGCCGUUCUUCUUCGCGGGUCUGGCAUCAGAGCCGGGGACCAAGGCGAUGAAUGUCAGCGUGUGGGGCUUCAGACCCGAAGAGGACGGCCAGCCCAUGUGGGUCACCAUCACCAUCGACUUCCAGAGCCUCAUUACAAGACAAUGUAAUGACCAGGACUACGAGAAGUGGUUGGCUCAUUCUACAGACGGGGGAGACUUGGAGAGAAACGGCUGCGUGUUGGGCGUCAAAGAGACGUACAGGAGGCUGAAGAAACAAUCGGUGUGCAGAAACGGGAAAGGCUUUGUGGUGAGCAAGAAGCAAAGCCCCUGUUUGUGCACCAGAGAAGAUUACUUAUGCGACUAUGGCUACUACCGACAUGUGAACACCUCCGAGUGUGUGAGACAAUCGAGCGCUCCAAAUAAAACCUUGGAGCUCUGUCUGAAUGGAGAGGAGGACGAGCUUUUCACAGCAGGGUACCGUAAGGUCCCUAGUGACAGAUGUGAGGGGGGAUUCUCGCCUCAGCUCGCCGAGCAGACAGUAAUCAGACCGUGUGGGGUUAAACCCAGUCCUGGUCCGCCUUCCAGGUCCUCAUUUCCAAUCACACACUUUGACACACCGCGAGAGCGGCUGGUGUUGAUCCUAGUGUGCGCAGGAGCCGGAGCAAUUGUCCUGAUCGCUAUUGUUUCCGCUGUCCUGGCUGUCAAGAGGGUGGUGUACAGAAACAGGGUACCAGCGUAUCGUUUCUCCAACCUUCAGAUUCAGGAUGACGAAAACGGCAUCACAGCAGAUCUCCAGAGUGCCGUCAGCAAUAAUGGCACCACCUGCCACCUGGACUCAGACGAUGAUCUUCUCCAGUGACACAAAACACCGUGUGAUGGAUGAAAUAAAUUCAAAUUGAAACCAGUUGUGCUUUAAACGAACUUGUUAGACGUAUCCCUGAUAUUUUCAUGGGAGUUGCUUUCUUGAGAAUUUGAUUGACACAUAACAGAAUGUCUUAAUUUAUUGAGCUUACUUCAAGUCAUGGCUUUACAUAGCUAACUCUUUGAUUUGUACAGUGUGUUUUAAGUCUAGUCUGUGUUGUACCACUUUUUUUUUUUUACUUUCUGUUCAAUGUGAAAACAAGACAAACCUGAACUAGUGCCUUUUGUUAAAACGCUGAAAAUGACCACAUUGUGUAUGAUUUCCAUUGUGUAAUUUAUAUUUUAAAAUAAUCUUUGGUUUCAAUCCACUAUGAAUUUUUUUUAAGCAUCUGUCCAUAAGAAGACCGGUGGCGCUGUAACGUGCCGUAUCUGUUUUUAAAAGAACAGAGAAGAAGAAGAAAAUGAGGCUGUCGGUGGGACAGAAACAAAGAUAGGAUAUUAAUAUGAUGUCCAACUCUUGAAAAAAAAAAUGUACCACUGCUUGACUUACUUACUGUUAAGUUUUUAAGAUGUAUGUCAGGCAAGUUGGCAACUGUAAAUUUAAGAUUAAUAAAUUGACUACAAACUGCAAAACUAAUACAGUACUAUAAAACUCACGAAAUAUAAUUGAGUUUAGUGAAUGAAUCUGUUGAGGAAGUUGUUCAUUUCUUUAACGAAAAUAUAGUUAAAACCAGUUUGAGAAAACAAAGAAUCCAUGUAUGCAUAGUCGUUUUUUAUUUGAUGAAAAUCGGAAAUGUCUGCUCAUUAAAAUACUUUGAAGUUUGAA